UACUCAUCAUAUUUAUGUUCGUUUAUCACGUUAUUUACAUGUGUGUAUGUUUACCUUUCUAUCUGUUAAAAAAACCAAAGAGGGGCGGAGCGAGUCGCCUAAAGAUGACGUACAAGAAAACCCUCGUGUGUGUGGAGCCGGAGGGAUGUUCAGGAGCGUUCCCAGGCUGCUCGCGCUCGUUGAUGUUGGAGUUCAUCGCCUCUUCUCCCGUCCCAUCACAGGAUCUGAGAAACGUUUCUCCGUGUUGCGUGUGCACUCGGUCAUGACGGACCCCGACCUUGGCCUGUACCAGGCCCCCGCUGCUGCUCGAGGGAUGACCGUCCUCGAACGUGACGCUUUCACGCAGACGGUCGUGGUUCCUGCGAUACGGAUCCCCACCCGCGUCCUCAACCGACUCGUCAAGAGCCUGAAGAAGGUGGCGCUGCAGAGGCCAGGUCUCAGAAGGGUCGUCGAUGAUGACGAGACGGACAGAGAGCACCGGCUGCUCCUGCUCGACCCUCAGAGCAUCAAGUCGGCCAAAUCGUUUGGUCCAGAGGAGGCGGCGGCGCUGAAGGCGUUGGGGGUGGAGCCAGAGAUCCGACACUACGAACUCAGACUGACGUACGAGAACCUGAAGAGUGAGGAGGUGCUGCGCGCUGUGCUUCCUGAAGGACAGGAUGUGACAUCAGGGUUCAGCAGAGUGGGACACAUCGCACACAUGAACCUGAGAGACCACCAGCUCCCGUAUAAACAACUGAUAGGUCAGGUGAUCAUGGAUAAGAACCCGGGUGUUACCUGCGUGGUGAACAAAACCAACACCAUCGACUCGACCUACAGAAACUUCCAGAUGGAGGUGUUAGCUGGAGAAAACAACAUGGUGGCAAAGGUGAAGGAGAAUGGCGUGUCAUACGAGUUUGAUUUCUCACGUGUGUACUGGAACCCUCGCCUCAGCACCGAGCACGAGCGCGUCGUUUCUCUGCUCCGUCGAGGUGACGUGGUGUUUGAUGUCUUUGCCGGAGUCGGACCGUUCUCCGUGUUAGCAGCACGCCGUGGCUGCUCCGUCUUCGCCAACGACCUCAACCCCGAGUCCUUCAAGUGGCUUCAGCACAACGCCAAGCUCAACAAGGUCGAGUCCAAGGUCACGACCUUUAACCUUGAUGGCCGGGAGUUCAUCCAGGGCCCGCUGCGAGAGCGUCUUCCUGAUCUGAUCGAGAGGUCAGCCUCUUCAUCUGCUGUCCACGUGAUCAUGAACCUACCGGCGUUAGCACUCGACUUCCUGGACGCGUUCAGAGGCUUGCUGAGGAGCGAGACGGACCGAGGUCCUGACGGGGGCAUCCUGCCGAGGCUCCACGUCUACGGCUUCUCCAAAGAGGACGAGCCUGAGAGAGAUGUGCUGGAGCGAGCAGAGCUCAGGUUAGGGACCUCGCUGAAGGGACGGUGUGAAGUGCACAUGGUGAGAAACGUGGCGCCCAACAAGGAGAUGAUGUGUGUGAGCUUCAACAUGCCGAGAGACGUGCUGUACGGAGGAGACGUGCUGGACAAGGGUUGCUCAGAAGAACCGUCGCCAAAGAGGCCAAAACGCGAAGAGACACAAUCUUAAACUCAUCUGGACGGACAAUUAGAAUGUUUAUUUUAUGAUUUUGUUUUAUAAAAAAGUAUGAGCUC